AUGCAAGAAACCUCAACUGGUGCAACAGAAAAAGGAGGUUACAAUCCCUGCUGCCAAUUUGUGAGUGGAGGAUCAGGACCUCCACUGCAGGAUACUUGGUGUGUGCCUAAGCCAGGAACCCCAGACUCUGCCUUACAGAACAUCAUAAACUUCACUUGUGGAAUAUUAAAAGAAUGCAGUGAAAUACAAGAACACGGUUCACGCUACUUUCCAAAUACCCUCAUAAACCAUGCCUCAUUUGCCAUGAAUCUUUACUAUAAGACCGAUGGACGCUACAAUUGUGAUUUCAAUGGCGUUGGCCUUAUCGUUGUUUUGGUGAUUGUAUCUAUGUCUGAGUCUGCCCAAAAGGAAAAUGGAAACUGUAAUUUGGUGAUGCAUCAGAAUAAUAGUGGAACAUGGAGUCGAGCUGCACCACAGAGUGCACUGUUCGAGACAAAUGAUUCAGAGGAGAGAUACUUGAGAUGGUCGAGCGCUUCUAGAGACUUUGAAAUCAGUCCAGAGAUAUUGUUUUUGGAUAAAACCAAGUCUCCUAAGCUUACCAAUUCCCCAAAGGAACUAGGAAUAGGUCCUUGUAAAUUAUUAUUUGCCAAGGAGAGUUGA